CUCUGGCCAUGGGGCUGCUCCUUUUCCUGCCCUUUCUAGCCCGCGCUGCCCUUUCUGGGCUCCCGGGUACCGCCGCUGGAUCACACAAUCUUCAUUACAAUGUCACGGUGCUGUCCUGUGAUGGAUCUGUGCAGUCCAGCUUUUUCGCUGGGGGAUACUUGGAUGGUCAGGCCUUCCUGCACUAUGACCUUGAGAAACACAGGGCAGAGCCCUGGGGACUGUGGGCCAAAGAGCUGGGACCUGAGAUGUGGGACACAGAGUCCAAGGACUUGACAGAGACCUGGAAGGACCUCAGAAAGCUUCUAGCAGAAAUCCUGGCCCUGCAGGAGGAGAAAGGAGGCUUGCAUUCCCUGCAGGAGAUCAUGGGCUGUGAGAUCCGAGAAGACAACCGUGCCAGGGGCUUCAGGCGUCUCUCCUACGAUGGGGCGCUCCUCCUUUCCUGUCACCUGGAGACCCCUGGAUGUGCAGUGCCCCAGUCCUUGCCUCGGACCUUGGCCAUGGAAGUGGAGAAGUCCUGGGACACAGAUGAUCAAAGCAAGUAUUACCAGGGCCACGUGCAGGGAGAGCUUUGUGGAAGACUGCGGGGCUAUUUGGAAUCCUGGACGGGCUUCAUGGAGAGAACAGGGCCGCCGGUCGUGAACGUGACCCGCAGCCAGGGCUCGGAGGGCACAGUCAACCUGACCUGCUGGGCUCUCGGCUUCUUUCCCCCGAAUAUCUCAGUGGCCUGGUUCUGGGAUGAGGAACCCAUGAGCCUGGACGCCCAGCAGUCAGGGGAUGUCCUGCCUGAUGGGAACGGGACCUACCGGACCUGGGUGACCAUAAGGGUUCCCCAAGGAGAGGAGCAGCGGGUCAAGUGCCACGUGGAGCACAGCGGGAAUCACAGUGCACACCCUGCCCCCGCUGGAAAGACCCUGGUGCAUCAGAGUCAGUGGCAGACCAUCGUGUAUGUUGCUCUUGGGAUUGUUUGUGUUAUCGCGCUUUCUGUCCUUUGGUGCAUGAGUGGAAGAAGAAGAUGGCAUCAGCUGUGGGGAGCCCAGAGCCCCAGGCUACCAGACCUGGAUCGAUGCCAGAUGGCGGCCACUGACCGUGAUGUCCUCACACAGCCGGGACUUCUGUCCUUGUUGUCAGACCCUGAGUCUGUCAGUGCAACUGGGGAGCUCGGAAUCUGCAGCCAGGAGGCCUGAAUUCAGCUCCCUGUUCUCGUCUUAUUAGCACUUUCUCUUUUGUGUGUGUUCAAUGACUAAUUUUAUUACUGUAAAAUAUUUUUAUUUUUUAUUUUUUUAUUAUUAUUAUGAUGUAUAGUUGAUUUACAAUAUAGCACUUUUCUCUCAUGAUACCUCAGUGACUUCAUCUAUGAAAUAAGACAAAUAGUGUUUAUUUCCAGGUGUGGUUGGGACGAUUAAAAGCGUUAAUAUAUUUGAGAGGGUUGCAGGUGCCCCACACUAGUUACUAACUUUAUUUUUGUUUUUUUAUAUUACACUAGAAAACAUGAAUAAUAAUUAAAUGAUUACAAAUAAGCUUUAUCUGUAAGUUUCCUCAUUGUGGCUUCUCCUGAGAUGCCUAGUAGCAGAUUUCUGGAAACUCAAGGUUCCCUUUACCCCCUGUCACAGAUAUUGUGCUGCAUUUUAAUAU